AUGCUGGCCUCAUCGACACGGCAACAGGGGCGAAGACGAAAACCCUCCGACUCCGAUAAGCCAGAAUCUGAAAAUGUGGAAGAAGCUAGCGUGUCUGGAGAAGAGACAGAAGAAGAGACAGAACGAGAUUCUGCGGAACCGGAGCUGGAAGAGCCUUGGCAAUUAUACCGGCGCGGCCUGCAGCCUUCUUCGGAAGUGCUUGAGGAUGCUCGCGCUACGCUUCGAGGGGCUAUGCUUGCCCAGCUGACGAAAGAUAAGACAAUAAAACACAAGGCAAUCCUGGCGGCCAUGAUGACCCGGAUCUUCCCGGCGCUGCCUGCUCCAGUCCAUAGUAAAGCUGCGCAGGUGCAGCAGAAUCCAACUAACCAAUCUCGUCCAGGGCUCGCUGUCUCUUUCGGUGAACACGGUGCAUACCCUCGGUGGGUGGUUGUUCCUGUUCCUCAGCUGAGAAACCAGCAACUGGCCAAGGCACCAGGUUCGCGCAACCUGAUGUGGAAAUUUGAGCCCGGCCCACCUUCUGGCUGGCAGGGUCUGACGAAGGAGCAGCUGUACGAGUGGUCGUAUAAUUUGCACAGAUUCAGACUUGAGGAUCCCCAGCAAAGGGAGUGGAUGAUCUCUCACCUGCAGAACGGGCCUCUCAAGGAGUUUGUGAAAGGGGUCGCUCAACCUCUGCCACCUCUUCCAGAUCCGCCAGAGACCAACUUCUACCCAAAACCGCUUGUUCCUCCUCCGACAGCUCUCAAUGAUCCUUAUCGGUGGGCCUACAAGGGCUACGCACGUCCUGCUCCCGCAAUCCGGCAAGGCAUGUUCAGCAGAGGAUUUGACCCUGGCCAGCAAGGAGAACGCGAUGAAGAGAAUCAACUUCCCGGCAUCGGUACUUACGGAAACGAGUACGGCGCGAAUCGCCUAGCGGAGGAGGCAGGUCCUGCGAAACCGCUAGCCUUUGAGGACGGGCAAGAGCCUGCAAUUGAUGCGGAUCCCAAUCGUCAGAUGCUCGAGACUAGCCGUGACCUGGAUGGUCCAACUAAUGGCUUGCCCACGGAACUGUGGCCAAGAUUUGCUGUACAGGCUCCAGGUGCCUUGGCUGCAAAGAAAGGUAUCAGGGAAGUUGCGAGGAUCAAAGUAGGUCCCAGAAAGGGACUUGCGGGUCAGGGUCAGGCCGGUGUCGAUCAACGCGUCGGGAACACAACGCCGAAACAAGCGCCGGAGGAAUCACCGGACACAGAGUCAGAGUCAGAGUCAGAGUCAAAGCGUUUGAAAUCAGAAGAACAAAAGCUCGUGACUGAAGCCCUAGAGCAGCUGAAGAAGAAUCAUGAGAAACACUUUCCUCAGCGAGUUAUCCGGCGCAUCAGGACAUGGCCGGGCGUCGGAAUUCCCAAUUACAUCAGAGGGGAUGAAUUGAAUCUCGUGCCCCGACAUUCCCUCGAGCACAGGCCAUUCCAUGAUCGAAAUCCGGAACAAGGUCAGACAGCUAAGAGAGCUGCAAGCGGCUUACCAAAGCAAGCUGCUGGGCCUAAUGCUAAUUCUGACGAUAAUGAUGGCUCCGCCAGUACUGGCGCUGCUGGGAGGGUGAAAAGAGCCCGCACGACAAAGAAUUCGACGACUGCUGGCACUGCAAAGACUGCUGACACGGCGAAGACUGCUGGCACGGCAAAGACUGCUGGCACGGCAAAGACUGCUGGCACGGCAAAGACUGCUGGCACGGCAAAGACUGCUGGCACGGCAAAGACUGCUGACACGGCAAAGGCUGCUGGCACCGUAAAGACUGCAGGAACCGCGAAGUCUGCUAGCCCAGCCGCUCCUGCACCGGAAAGGAGAUAUCCGAAACGUGCUAAUCGAAAAUAA